AUGUCUGCCACCGGUGCUCAACUAGGCUCAACCUGCGGUUUCUCAACCCGCCUCUCACUCCGAUGGGUGCCAGAAGUGCCAGAGGAAACGACUGACACAAUCGUUCUUUCCGUGGGCGAGUGGUUCUUGGACUUGCGAAUGGACAAAGCAUCUGGAAACAUCGAUUGGGCAAUGGCCGGUACUAGGAUCGAAGAGAACCCCAAAGAGAUUCCACUCAAGGUGCUUUUCACACGUGAAUUGGACUCUUUGAACGAGAUUGGCAUUGUGGAUGUCGGCAACUUCAGCCCGCUCCCCAAUGGCGAUGACCUCGAGAGUGGCGAGAUGCCCCGAGCUGAUCUUCCCGGUGCCCCCAUGACGGCCUUUGAAGAGGUCUGGCGAGAGCUGGCUUUCAGAGAAGGUCCCGAGGGUGCCAAGAAGGGAAUUUCGUGGAUCUUGGAGUCUGACGAUGCUCCUUUGGCUCUGGGCGAGCAGGAAAAAGAGGUCACUGUGACCAAGACAUUCUUGGGUCGUAUCUGGGGGACAUAUUUGGCCUUCCAGCAGACUCAAACACACACCAAUCAAAAGAAUGAGUCUGGCGAAUGGUCUGUGAAGAGGGCUGGAGGUGAAGUUAGUGCACGAAGGGAGGAGUGGGGCACUGGCUGGGAGGAGAAGUAUGUGGUAGGUCCUGAGGCGGGUGCCGUCCCCUCAAUCAAGUCUGGAUUCGAGGGAGAGGCCAAGGGCGCAUGGAAAGUUCCUGGUGAAAAAGUUUCGAUUGGUGGGAAGUCGUACAUUGUACGCGCGUUCGAGGAAAUCGAGUGA